AUGGCCACACAAAUGAAGAAUCGCGGCAGGGAAGAGGGUCGCUGUGUAACGGGCCCUGCCUUACCUGCUGGCUCCUGCGCCCCUCCAGGCCGCGCCGACUGCUACCUGCCGCCAGUGAGCCAGCGGACAGCAACCGGCACCGUCUCCACAGCUCCGCACCAGCUCCGCAACACACGGCACACGGGCCGCCGCCGGCAACGCACAGAGAGGAUGGGAGAGCGGCGACAGCUGCGGCGACUUGCAGCAGUAUGGCUGCUGCUGUUGGCAGCCCUGGCGUGCGACGCGCGACCACAGGAUCCAGCGACCACGAAACUAGAAGCGGACAACGUCAUCACCGGUGGGGCGCUGCCCAGCACCACGGCGGCUGCUCCGCGGGAUUCUCAAAAGGAAAAAGAAGUGGCCCGUGACGUGAACAACAGCAGCAGCGGCGCGCUCGCGGGCACUCGCCGCUGGUCCCCGCGCAGAGGCUCUCCGGCGCUGGGGCCGUCCAUCGCGUCGGUGGCCGGGCAGCUGCUGCAGGACACGAGGACUCCGCCGCUGGUGCAGCAGCUCAGGGCGCAGGCAGAACUCCAGCACGGCCAGGGCCAGGUGGGCGGGCAGGGCGAGGCGGUGCCCGUGCUGCUGGAGGAGCACGAGCUGGCCGACGAGCGCCGCGUCCAGCAGCUGGUGGACAGGACUCGCGGGGGCGGCGGCGGCAGCACGGCGCGCCCCCAGCCAGGAAUCUCGACCUGGGUACUGCUGAGUGGGAGCAACUCGUCGCCACCUCCAGAGGAGCCUAGUACGACCACGACCACGACCGCGGCGCCCGCCAAGAACAAGAAGAACGGCGCCGGCAGCGGCAGGCCGGGGGCGGGAGCGGGGGCGGGAACCGGCGCGGCCGCGAGUACGACUGCGGCGCCACCCCCGCAGAAGGCCGCAGGCGGCAGGAAGCCGCCCCCGGGGGGCAGCCAGACUCCCCGGCCGCCGCCUUCCACCGCGGCCAACAACAAGUUUGUCCAGCAGUUUAGGCCGCUGCUGCACAGCAGGCCUGCCAAUCCACCGAAGCUGGCAACUGCGACUUCGACGGCCAGACCUCAGAGCACCACCACCACCACUACCAGCAGGACCACGACCACGAGCACUACUGCAGCGGCUGUGCCGGCGACCAAGAAGCCGCCUAAAACGACCACCACGACCACGGCUGUCCCCCCACCAGCGAAGGCGAACCGAACGGCGGAGCCAGACGGAGUGCAGCUGUUGCCCGCACUGACACGGCAGCCGCCCUCCAAGGCGAAGCCGGCCCCUGCCGCCCCCACCGCCGCCGCCUUCCGCCGUCGACCGGCCGCCAACACCACCACCACUUCCUCGACCGUCACCACCACCACGACCACAGCGGCCCCACAGCCAACUAGCACGACUGCUCAACAACCAGCCAAGGCCGCGACCAACAAGGGCAAGACCACCACCACAACCACCACCACCACCACGACCCCUACUUCAGUCACAAUUGUAGCCGCUAACGGGCCUGCAGAGGCUGCUGAAGACUCCACUGAGACGGCUCCGGAGGAGACGACGACGAAGCGACAGCGGCGCCCAGGGGCUCCCGGCGGCGGCAGCAAGAAGCGCAAGAAGAACAAGAACAAGCGCCGCAAGAGGCCGACGGCGCAGCAGGAGCAGCAGCCGGCCGAGAGCAAGGUGACGGACCUGUCUCCAGAGCUGAAGAGUCCAGGCAACGCCACCAGACCGGCUGGAAACAAGGAGAAGCGGCCGCUCUCCACCAGGAUCUACAACUACCUGGCCCGCGAGGUCAUGCCUUCUGUGGGCGUCGGCCUCAUCGGACUGGUGGUGACGGCCGGCCUCGCAGGUCUGAUGCUGUACCCAUUUGGUGGAGGAGUCGCCGCUCGGCGCACAUACGAAGAAGAGGAGGCUACGCACAGGCUGCGGUACCCCCACCAGGGGGGCUUCCUCUACUACGAGGGCGCUGGGCCUGACGGAAAGCCUGAAGAAGCUGUCCUCCGGGAGGUGUUUGAAGGUAUGGCGCCAGCGGACGAACCAAUAUCGUCUUACCAUCAGCCGCAGGCCAGUGAUGACUCUGAUGGCACAUACAGUUACUCGGCAGGGCCCGUAGCGUCCGGAUACAGUGGCCACCACUACUCGGCCUCUUAUGGGGCGAUGGCGUCGUCGACAACUCCACCUUCAGCAGGGCAGCCCGGACCGUACUACAGUGGCCACGCUGCCGCUGCCGCUGCCGCUGCUGACUACCGUCGACCUCAGUACCACCAACGGCUGGAGGCCACUCCAAAGCACGCGGCCACAGCAGCGUCGCCGGUGGCGGCCGCAGGAUCCGUGUCUCCGGAGAAGUUCUACGGUUCGGAGGCCGUGCACGUGAGGACGGCUGACGUUCCAAAGUACGGCACGGGAGACAGUUCGCAAGCCUUCUCUGAAGAGCGCCAGCGCCAGCAGGACAAGGCCAUCGGGUACUCUGUGGUCGCUGCCGGGGACAGAGUGGGCACAGUGGAGGUGGCGUACGGAGGCCGAGUCAGGCACCACCAGGUCGCCGAGGCUUCGUCUGCCAUCGCAGAACACGGACCUCGGAGCCUCGGCACUGACACAGGUACGGUGACUGUGCGAGAAGCUGGAGCCACUGAAGCUACACGUAUCGAGGCGCGCAAGCGCAGAGACAUUGCUGAAGAUGAAGUGGUCAGUCCAGACUCGCUGCUUCUGGACAAUGACAUCGAUGUGGUCUGGGCCAAGGAGAAGAAGUGGCCACCAAAGAAGGAGAUCGGAAGUGCUAAACAGCCCAUCAAAUGGAUAAAUGUCGACUCGAGUCCCGUCCAAGACUCGAAGACUUCUACUUUGGGUGGACUUACAAGCACAAGCAAAACAAAUAUUAUGGUGGAGAAGAGCACAAAUUUGCCAGUAACGACCGAAUCUGCCACACCGUUCAGUGAGGCUGAUGAAGAGACGAGCAGCAGCACACGACUCUCAGCUGCCGACAUGGACUCACAGACCACAACUGAUCAGGCACGUCUGUCAGAGGACACCAGUGGUGAACCAGCCGUCUUCGUCACUGAGGUAGUGUCGCCGACAGAGGAAUCCCACACAGCAGCACCACCCAACAGCACAGAAGGUGAAGGUCUGGUUACGCUCAGAGGCCCUCCAGUCGAGGAAUCUCCCACUAAUGCUGCCGACAGCUCUUCGGCAUCUGUCCAGCACAACCAGAUGUCUUUCACGGAUGUCCUGCGAAGGAUCGCCCAGUUCAAGAUGAGGUUGGGGCUGAGUCUGUUGAAGAGCACUUCCGAGGCAUUCUCGCGGUACCUCGGCACCGUGCAAGAGCGCAUGGAAGAGACCCUGGCCGAAGCUCGUCGUGCCAGGUACCAAAACGGUCCAGGCGACGGGUCAGCAGGCGUCGCCUUCUGGAAUGCAGUACGCCGGGCGCAGAGGGGGCUCUUCGACACGCACCGGCAUCGGGAUGAGUGAUGGUGACGCAUCCAAAGGAUGGACUCCGCAAACGGACUCAACUUGACGAGUACGGUGCAUGGAACACUGCAGACUUGGGUGCCGAAAGGCAGGUGAUACUCUCUGAGAGGGCCUCUCUAUAUUACGAGGCGAGGACCAUUUCGCGCUACUUACGACUUCAACGAAGGUAAAAUACAUGUAGGGGCAUAUAUGACUCGCAGAGUUCGCAAGACGCAGACAACAGUUUUAGCUAGUGCCAAAGCAUCAAGGAUUUCUGCAGGGGAAACAUUUCAGUUUUCGGGCGCCGCAGGCUAGAAUGGCCGCCAAAAACAUGUGAGGGUGGUCUGAAUGUGUUUUUUGUUCAGAUGGUGAGACCAACGAUACGUAGCUUGUAACCCAUGUCCAACACCGGGGCCCAUCUGAUAGGAAAUCACUCAAUAUUCGUGUGCUCGUGAUUGGAAUGGAGGCCAAACAUUUGUGGGUCCAUAAUGCAACGAAACAUUCGGUACUUCUAGUGGGAAACCAUUGAAUUUUCAAGUACUUUCAACUUGAAUACAGAUUGGUAAUGUCUGAGUUGCUCUCGACCUAUACCUCGAUAAGGACGUUGUGGAUUCUAGACCGACAUGACUUGCAGAACACAUCAUACUAUGAGGCAUCUACGUUAGGGAACCACUUUUCGCGCAUUUAAGAGUGUAAUACUGAUUGUAACGUUUGGGAUACUCAGAUUAUUAUUGCUCGCCCAGGUGUGUGACUACAUGGACAAGAGGACAUAAUUAACGACCAAUUACCCUGGAUAAUUACUACAUUUCAUGAGUACAUUAAGCAGGAUUGGAGACACAUAAUAUAUGGGGGGUUUCUGAAUCUUUGUUCGUCGUGGUGUGGUUGUAACUAGAUGUAUAUAGCUUGUUGCGUAUGUUAAAAAGUGGGGCUCUUCUGGUGGGAAACCAGUUCAUGCUCGUUCACUCUUAGCUGGAGGGAGGGAUCCCGACAGCUGUGAGUUUGUGACUUGCUUUUGACCAGAUGUGGACGUAAUUUGACAAGCAUGACACUCAGACAUGUCAGAACGCGGAGUACAUGUAGUGGGAAACCUCGUCGGCUUUCGUUCUAUUGCAGCUAGAACACAGGACCAUAAUAUUUGAACUAUCUCUCAUUCGUCUCUGUAUCAAAUCAUGGAAGUGGCAACUAAGAUAUCACAGAACACAUAUG